GUGGUGGAGUUACAGUUUGAGGAAGUUUCAAUAUGUGUGUGUGUGUGAGUUGAGAAACAUUAGAAAUAAAGUGUGUGAGGUGGAUUACUGAUAAUGACUUCAGACUGACAGUUAAGCCCCGCCCACCCCUCUCUGAUGGACAGCCUCAGUUUUUCGCUCCUCUGAGCUGCUGCGGAUCAGACUCUGAUCGAUCAGCUGCUGACCCAGUUGGACCGGACCGAUGGAGUAAAGGAGCAGCUCAGCUGAGGUAUGGAGUGUGUGUGGUUGGUGUGUGUGAGCGUGCUCAGUUUGUGUGUGAGGGCUCACAGCGGAUUGGACGAGAGUGACCACACCCACCAUGACCCCCAGCAUCAGCAUCUUGUUACCAACGGCAACAUGGCUUCAGAUCUGUGCGUAAUCGACCCAAAGCUCUGUGGCGAUGAAAACUCCCUCCUCAGCUUCGAGGCCAUCCUUAGCAUCCACAAGCUGAUGGAUGACGAUGCGGACGGCAGCGUGGACACCAUGGAAACGGACGAGUUUCUCAGGGAGGACCUGAAGUACAACGACCCGAAAGCCAAACACAACAGCUUCCACCGGGCCGACGCGCACAUCAGCGUGGAGGACAUAUGGAGCACCUGGAAGAGUUCAGAAGUGUACAACUGGACGGCGCCGCAGGUGGAGGAGUGGCUUGUGGUGAGCGUGGAGCUUCCUCAGUACGCAGAAAGCUUUAGGAAGCACCAGCUGGAUGGCAGAGUUCUGCCCAGGUUGGCAGUGAAGAACGUCACUCUGACGGUUUCCCUGCUGAAGAUCUUGGACAGAAGUCACGCUCAGAAGCUGCAGCUGAAGGCCCUGGACAUUGUUCUGUUUGGACCUCCACCAGGCCAGCAGAGCCGAUGGAAGGAUCUGGUUCUUGGUUUAUCUGUGCUGAUGGCACUAGGCGGCUGCUGGUUCGCCUACAUCCAGACCAGGAAGUCCAGAGAUGACCUGGGGAAGCUGGUGAAAGACCUGGAGGGUUUGCAGAGGGCCGAACAAAGUCUGCUGGACCUGCAAACAAAAUUGCAGCAGGCGCAGGAGGAGCAGCACUACGUCAAGGUGGAGAAGGUAAAGGUAGAGGAGCAGCUCCGGAGCGAGAUCGACUCAGCCAAGCAGGAAGCUCAGCGGCUCCGUGAGCUGCGAAAGGGUGCAGAGAAUAAGCGGAGCAGGCAGAAAUAUCCUGAGCAGGAGCUGGAACAGGUCCGUAUGGCGCUGAAGAAUGCUGAGAGGGAGCUUGAGUCACAGGCUCGCUGGACGCCACCAGACGCUCUGCAGAAGUGGCUGCAGCUGACGCAUGAAGUAGAAGUUCAGUACUACAACAGCAAGAAACAGAGCGCAGAGAAGCAGCUGCUGCAGGCCAGAGAUGGGGCAGAGAAGAUCAAGAAGAAGAGAAGUUCUCUGUUUGGAACGUUCCACGUGGCUCACAGUUCUUCACUGGAUGACGUCGACCAUAAAAUCCUCUCAGCCAAACAGGCCCUGGCUGAAGUAACAGCAGCCCUGCGGGAGAAACUCCACCGCUGGCAGCAAAUCGAGUCUCUGACGGGUUUCUGCGUGGUCAAUAAUCCGGGUCUGGGAGCUCUGGCUGCUGCCCUCAACCUUGACCCCUCCUUCCUGGGCCUGAGACCCCCGACUCCUCAGAACCUGCUCCUUUCAGAUGACCUGGACGACAUGGACGAAGACAUCUUGUCUCCCGGGACGCUGCAGUACGCAGCCUGGCAAAUGGAUCGGCGUGUAAGCGACCUUUGGCCUCUAAGCGGCAUCGCGGAUACCCAGUUACCAUGGAAACCAUCAGCUCACGCGCCCCUGAGACAGAGGGCAGGAGACCCCGGGUUAACGUUUGGCUCCCAAAGGGACGUCAUGAGCCGAUCCGACUCUGACUCCACCCUCCCACUGUCUCUUAACGAAUCACAAGCUCUGAACAACUCCAGGCCGUAUCUUCUGGACUCCAGACCCCACCCCUUGAAGGGUGGAAGCUCCGCCCACAGACUGGGAGGAGGAGGUCUAGAGAAGAGCUCCAGCCUGGGAGAGCUGAGAGGAAACUCCUCCACAGUCCUCGCCUCGUCCUGCUCUACACACUCCCUCUUCAUCACCUCAGAAGCUCCGGCCGGUUCCAUCAUCUUCUCUUCAUCCGCCUCGUCCAGCUCGUCUGGCAGUGGACAAGGAGCCAGCAUCCAGCUGUCCGCCAUGAAGAGAGACAGAGGAGACUCUCAGGAACCGUCGGUCAGCCGGAGGAAGAAAGCUUUUUAUACCAUUUUCAGGAGAAAGAAAGACAGUCCUGAAGCUUUGAGCCAGACAUGAUCCUCCUGAUGGGUCAAGAUGAAGCAUCAUGUAGGCUCCUCCUGCAGGCAUGCUGAGAGGUACGGAGAGAGGGAGUUAAAACUGAACUUUAAACACAUCAGUGAAAAGCUCCAAAACAAGAACUAAAGAGGUGAAAAAAGAAAAAGCUUUUCUGUCUGUCAAAUAAUUAAGACAAUAAAGCACAAAAAAACAAA